UUCCUUGGCGAUAUGACACUACUAUCGAGCAUUCUCGACUCGGGCGGCGGCAUUUCCGCUCAACGCUUCACUCGCCUGCUGCGCCAGUCCAGCACAUCCUCAUCCUCGUCCUCAUCCUCAUCCGCAUCCGCAUCCGGAUCUAUGCUGGAGCCCACAUCCUCGCAGCUGCCCAUAAACGAUGUCCUUGGCGGCGGACGUAUUCCGUUUCUGCAUGACAAUGGAACGGGCGAAUCACUACCCCUGCCAGAUGCCGAUGCACUGGAUCCCAAUUUCGUCCUCGAUGGGGUCACCAGUGUGGCCAAAAUGGCCCUGGAGGCGACAGUGAAGGAAGUGCUACGCGAUCCAGAUCCGGAACAGAUAUUGGCCAAUGCCAAUGCCACCGCACCAUGGAAUAUAACGUUGGCAUCGGCGGCAGCCACCAAUUAUGAGAACUGUUCGGCGUUAUUUGCCAAUUACACCCUGCCACAGACAGGCCUUUACUGCAACUGGACUUGGGACACAUUGCUCUGCUGGCCACCAACUCCGGCCGGUGUCCUGGCCAGGAUGAAUUGUCCUGGCGGCUAUCAUGGCGUGGAUACGCGCAAGUUUGCCAAUCGAAAAUGCGAACUGGAUGGCCGGUGGGGGAGCAGGCCAAAUGCCACGGAAACGAAUGCCACCGGCUGGACGGACUAUGGGCCAUGUUACAAGCCGGAGGUCAUCCGGUUGAUGCAGCAGAUGGGCAGCCGUGAGGAUUUGGAUCUUUACAUAGAGAUAGCCAGGAGGACGAGGACCCUGGAGAUAGUUGGUCUCUGCCUAUCACUCUUCGCCCUGAUCGUCUCCCUGCUGAUCUUUUGCACAUUUCGUUCGUUGCGAAAUAAUCGCACCAAGAUCCAUAAGAAUCUAUUCGUUGCCAUGGUGCUGCAGGUCAUCAUCCGGCUGACCUUGUAUCUGGAUCAGUUCCGAAGGGGCAGCAAGGAGGCGGCCACCAAUACCAGUCUAUCGGUGAUUGAAAAUACGCCCUAUUUGUGUGAGGCAUCGUAUGUCCUAUUGGAAUACGCUCGCACCGCCAUGUUCAUGUGGAUGUUCAUCGAGGGCCUCUAUUUGCACAAUAUGGUAACGGUGGCCGUUUUCCAAGGAAGUUUUCCAUUGAAAUUCUUCUCACGUCUGGGCUGGUGUGUUCCCAUACUGAUGACCACUGUGUGGGCCCGGUGUACAGUGAUCUACAUGGACACAUCCUUGGGAGAUUGUCUUUGGAACUAUAAUCUCACGCCAUACUAUUGGAUACUCGAGGGACCGCGUCUGGCCGUGAUACUGCUCAACUUCUGUUUCCUGGUGAACAUCAUACGAGUGCUGGUGAUGAAGUUGAGGCAGUCUCAGGCCAGUGAUAUCGAGCAGACACGAAAGGCUGUGAGGGCAGCGAUAGUCCUGCUGCCACUUUUAGGCAUCACCAACAUCCUGCAUCAGGUGGCACCUCUCAAGACGGCCACGAAUUUUGCCGUAUGGUCAUAUUCCACGUACUUUCUCACCUCGUUUCAGGGCUUUUUCAUAGCUCUCAUCUAUUGUUUUUUAAAUGGCGAGGUUCGCGCUGUUCUCCUCAAGAGUCUGGCCACUCAGCUCUCUGUACGUGGUCAUCCGGAAUGGGCCCCCAAGAGGGCCUCCAUGUACUCGGGUGCCUAUAAUACCGCCCCCGACACGGAUGCAGUGCAGCAGCAUCAGCAAACAGGCGAGAAUCCAGCCACUGGAAAGAGAAUAUCACCUCCAAAUAAAAGGCUAAAUGGACGAAAGGCCAGCAGUGCCAGCAUUGUGUUGAUCCAUGAGCCACAGCAGCGGCAGCGACUGAUUCCGCGGCUCCAAAGCAAGGCGCGGGAAAAGGACAAGAGCCUGGAUAAGGAUCGUGGGAAAAGGAUACAAUUGCAGCAAUCGCAAGCGGAAGCAAUGGUUGCAGAUCCCACAACAAUAACAACGGCUAAUCGCAUCCGGAGCAAAGAUGAUGAUGGAGGCAACGGUGGUGGAGGCGGAGGAGGAGGAAGCGGCUCCAAGUGGAUGAUGGGCAUCUGCUUCCGGGGUCAAAAGGACAAAUGUGUGAUGGCCGGUGGUCAAAAGCCGCAGCAGAUAUUUAUGACGUCACAAUUGCCGCCGACGUCAACGCUGGCAGCAAUAGCAACAACAACAAUAACUACAACAACAGGAAGUGCAACAAGUGCAACCGCAACCGCAGCAGCUAAAGCAACCACAACAAUAGCAACAAUAACAAAUUCAAAAGCCAAGGCCAAGGCCAAGGCCAUCGCUAAGAAUAAUGCCAAGCCCAAAGCUUAAAGCACUUUGAUUUCCAAUCUCAGAAUAUAGAUCGAUCUAUAUAACUCUCAGAUAUUGAGAUUGAGAUAGAGAGAGAGACGCCUAGCUUAGCAUUCAUGGGUGCAACUGUACUAAACUAAACUGAAGCUGAAAGUGUGCCCAUUAUUUUUUUUUAUA